AUGCAUACAGCAUGUCCAUCUGUAACUCCAACUCCUCUCGCUCAUGGGAAUCUUACCUCAUCCAUUGGAUGCUUCUUGGUAACAGAAUUCCUUGACCGCGACAACACCGGAAAGCCCAGCACUGGCUUGAGUCUAGCACAGAAGCUGGCCCAGCUACACGCCACGCCAGCCUCGAUCCCCGAAGGCUACGCUAGUCCAGUUUUCGGCUUCCCGGCCGUCACGUACUGCGGACCUACCCCCCAGUCGAAGAAAUACUCUACCUCAUGGCACGACUUUUUCGUCGAAUACCGCAUGCGAACUAUUCUGCAUGAGUGCGAAGUGAAACAGGGACUUGACCAUGAGCUACGUUACUGGGUGGAGAAGACUAUCGCUGGGCCGAUCCAUCACUUGCUUGCGGACGGCCACCUGGGUGGCUCCAGUGGAAUUACGCCGGUUACGGUGCACGGAAAUCUUUGGAACGGUAACAAGAUGCGUGGAACGAUCUGGGGGACCGAAGAGGUGGGGGACGUGGUAUUCGAUCCUUCUUCAAGCUGGUGCCACAGCGAGUUUGAGAUGGGUAUUUUGACAUUAUUUGGAGGCUUUAGUGCAGGAUUCUUCCAAGAGUAUCACCGCCUGUUGCCAAAGACGUCUCCUGCACAUGAGUAUGAAGACCGAGUUGGCUUGUAUCAGCUGUAA